ACCCUGGCUUCACAGAGGCUGAAGAAGAGAUUGCAAGCAACUUUUUAGUAUGGGGAUGUGUUACUUACUACUACGCAGAGCACGUUAGCACAUCAAAUUCAGAAAAUGAGAUCUAUCAAAACAUGACAAGGCAACGGAAACUUAAUGACUUCAUUAUGAAUGUGACCAAAUCCAUAUUCCAAGAUAUUAUAAGUAUGGAUAGUGUCAUAAUGAAAAUAAUGAAUUUUGCACAGCGUUUAGUUAGUGCUGACAGGGCGUCUCUGUUUCUGGUUGACAACAAGAGCCAGGAACUGUAUGCAAGAAUUUUUGAUGUGGGUGAUGGCCAAGGCAGCCAGGUAGUCACAAAAGAUCAGAAAGAAAUCAGGUUCCCAAUUGGUAAAGGAGUUGCCGGGCAUGUUGCAACCUCAGGUGAGAACCUUAACAUACCUGAUGCAUACCUGGAUGAAAGGUUCAACAAACAGGUGGAUAUCCAAACUGGGUAUGUUACGAAGUCUCUGCUGUGUAUGCCAAUCAAGAUUAGAGGACACAUAAUUGGUGUGGUACAGAUGGUAAAUAAAAAGAACGGUGCAUUUACACAGGCAGACGAACAUGCCUUUGAAACGUUUGCCGUGUACUGCGGCCUGGCGUUGCACCAUGCCAAGCUGUACGACAAGAUUCGACGGUCAGAGCAGAAACACAGGGUUGCCUUAGAGAUACUGAGUUACCACAGGCAAUGUUCAGAGGAAGAAUUCAGAAAGCUAAAAGAUAUGCGAGUGCCGGAGCCAAUACCAGACCUGGCUAGGUAUGAUUUCUCCCCAUGGGGACUUGAUGAGGAUGCUAAACCUUUGUAUGUACUAUGUAUGUUCAAGGAGCUGUUUGAUCUGCAAAGGCCUGGAAAAGGUCCAUUGACAUUUGAAGAAAGAUUUGAUUACCACGAUCUUUGUCGGUUUGUGUUGACUGUCCGGAAGAACUACCGGCAAGUUCCGUAUCACAACUGGACGCAUGCCUUCUCUGUCGCACAUACUGUUUACACUAUUAUUAAGAAGUCAGACCCUAACUGCUUUACAUUUUUUGAAUCGCUGGCAUUAUUCAUAGCCUGUCUCUGUCACGACCUUGAUCAUCGAGGGAAAAGCAACUCAUUCAUGGUGAACAAUGCUACGCCUUUAGCAGCGAUCUACUCUACAUCAACAAUGGAGCACCAUCACUUUAACCAGACUGUCACCAUUCUGCAGAGUGAAGGUCACAAUAUUUUCCGACAUCUGACAUCGGCAGAAUACAAAACCGUUCUCAAUGAAAUACGACAUUCAAUAUUAGCAACCGAUCUGGCGCUGUUCUUUGGAAAUAAGAGCAAGCUGAAGGCACUCAUCGACAAGAAUGAGUUUAAUUGGGAGGAACAGGAUCAUAGACUGUACAUAAAAUCGAUCACCAUGACAGCUUGUGACCUGUCAGCCAGUAGUAAGCCCUGGCCAAUCCAACAGCAGACAGUAAAAGUCAUAUUUGAUGAAUUCUACCAACAGGGAGAUGAGGAGAAAGCUCAGGGACAGGCACCGAUACCCAUGAUGGAUAGGGACAGAGCUCAUGAACUACCUGCCAACCAAGUUUCAUUUAUUGUUGGUAUAUGUUUACCAUGUUAUGAGUUACUGUACAAGUUGAUACCAGAGAGCAAGUCAUUAUACGAUGGUGCAGCGAAAAAUCUCCAGAACUGGUCAGCUCUUGUUGCCAAGCAACGAUCAGAUCAGGAGGAGAAGGAAAAACCGGCUCCAGAGCGGAAACAAAGUCUUGCUGAUGUAACAAAAGCUCUGAAAGACAGUGAAACAAAUAAGUUGAAAUCAAACGAUACAGACAAUAAACGAGCACCGAUGCUUAAGAAAAAAAGCAGCUCGCAAGUGUCACAGGAAAUACCUGCAAGUAUUGAAGAAUAGUUUACGCAACAUGAUUCAUCUCAAGCGAAUAACCUUUGCAUGCAGCUCAGCCAAAAGCACUCAAGUAUCUGUGUAAGUUUUAGUACUGUAUAAAAUCUGCCUUACAAGUCAGUGAGCAAAGUCUGUUUUGAUAAUUGUUCGCCUUUUCAAAGACAGUCUUCUUGAAAAUUGAGGGCGAACUUCAUAUUUGAAUGCUUCGGCCCGAGGAGGAUGUGGACUACGUAUUCUGACAACUACUUCCCUAGUCCACAAUGACAGGCUGUGGGAUGGACCAGUACACCGAGAGAUGUACUGGCUUCUUAAUAGUGCACAUGAGCCAAUUGUGUACACUGGGCCUACGGUUUAUAGUCUUUAUUCGAGCACCAAUAUUAUGGCAAUAGGUUGUGGCGUCGCUGUCUUAACGACUCGGCCUUUCAACCCACCAAAUCCACACGAUAUGGGCAUUCUUAAGAAACAGCUCAAGCUGAAAGCAGUUGAUUUAUAAAUUUUAAAACUCAAUUGUCACCAGAAGUCAUUAGCCAACACAUGGCAUGCAAGAUGUGCUGGAAUGUAACAUUACCAAUGGGAUCACACUUUUUAAAAGGACGGCAGAAAUGUUUUCUGAUUGGUUUAGAGAGGUUGAAUUUUCUUACCUACUUCUCUCCCUCUAUAUCUGGAGGUUUACUUACUGUAUUAGAAUAUGAUGCCUCAAGAUUCUUGGAAAUAAUACUUCCACACUUCCAAAUUGUUUUUGGAGUUUUCAGACUUGACAAUAUGUAGUUAUAUUUUAAAUAAUACAUCACAAAUGUUGUAUUCAAAAUUUUAAAAAUUAGGCUGGAAAUUUUAAUAUGUUACUGCAGAUUUUCACAAACAAAUAGUGAUUACCACUGAGCAUAGUUUGACAAUCAUAAUUUAUUUACAAAAUUAAAAUUAAAAUUUGGGAAAAAAAAUUGCCAAUUUCAUGUUGGUCUAUAAAAAUAGUAAUAUUCAAGUCAAUGUGAUUGUCUUGCAAAAAUGUUGAUCAGGAUGGUCUCUGACCUCCCAGACCGCUUCCGCUGCUUCCUGAUUUACAUGUUAGGCAAAGUUAGCUUUUUGCAUUGAUAUACUGAUAAAAAAAAAAUUACUGAUAAGAUAUUUAGUACAGACUUUUAAGAUGAAAAAUAAAAACAAUUAGGAACAAGUUUGAAGUCCAUUGUGGGCUUGUCCUUAUGUUCAAGUAAAAAACAAAAGUGAAACCAAUAUGAUAAGAGUACAACCUGGAAGAAUCGCACAAUUUUUUGUAUCACUUAACCUUCAAAAUUGUUAUGAUUGAAAAUGAAAAAAGGUUACAAGCAUAUAGAAAAACAGGAAAUAUGUGACUCUUUUGAUUUUCAAACUAGUUAAUGUCGGAGUGCUACACUCUUUAAGUUUAUCAUAAUAUUUUAGUACGAUACAAACUUAAAAUGACAUGAUUCACACCAUCAUCACAAUUUUAUAUUUUGGUGAGAGGCUGGUGGGAUCGCGUCCACUUAAAUAAGUUUGAGAAACUUAAAAGAAAUUGAUACAAGCCAUCAAGAUCCUAUGUUUCAAAUGUUUAUUUGUUCAUCUUCAGGAAUAUAUUUCUGCAUACAUUUAAAGUCUGUCAGUUUUGCUUAAACUCUGUAUUAUUGGUUGUCAGUUGCACCUGUCUUGUAGGUAAUUUUAAUCAAAUAUUUACACAGUAUUUACAUCAUCUACUUAAGUGUUAACAUAAUACAUGAUUUAUUUUCUGAAGGAUAGCAUUUUAGAAUAAAAUUAUAUUUCAAUUUGAAUUGAGAAAAUGUAUUAACCAUUUUCAUUUGGAUUUGAAAAGUUUAUUGUUGAGAUAAAUAAAAUUUAUAUGAGGUUGAUAAAAUUUAUUUUAAAUAUAUAUUUGAUAAAAAAAGAAAUGUCUUCAGGUGUUUAAAUUUGAACCCUAAACUCCAGUCUCAGAAUAAAUGUUCUACCAACUGAGCCUUGAGGCAUAGUGGUUUACUCCCCUUUUCUAUCAGGUUAUUGCAUAAUAUGCAUUGAAUUUAUUGAUAGAUCAAGAAUUUUUUUUCAGGGACAUAAGUGGCAAUCAAGGAAUCGUGUUCCGAGGUGGCGGAACCCAUAAUCCAAGGGAAGGGCUGGGUGUCCCUUUCUGCCCUAAUGUGGGGGUGUCCAGGGACUAUUGAAUGGGAGCUUCAGAGUUCGAAACAUUUUAAAAUCUUAUUUUGUUAUCUCUUUGAUUUUUGCACUGAAUUAUAAAGCUUAUGGCUGCUGUUACCAGGGCUGGGGGAUACCAAGGGCACUUACACUACCUGUAUAAAUAAAUGUACCAGGUAAAUACAAUUUGGUGGGAAUUCUUGUUAUUAUAUACACUUUCUGUAAAUACUAGUGUAAAUGAUAUUCUGUAUUAAAGUGUACAAAUAUAUUGCAGCUACAUGUAGAAUAAGUACAUUAUGAAAUAUGAUCAAUUUAUAAUUUAUGUAAAAUAUUUGUAGCAAUAUAUCUUACUAUAAAUAUUGUAGCCAGUGUGAUAUUUUGUUACUAAACCAAUGUUUCUAAUGCUGAGAAGGAGAUUUGUUGUAUACAUAAUACCUUAUUGUUUGUAACAAUAAUGUUAAUUGUAUUAAUGUAAUAAUAUUGCUAUAAUUAAUUACUAUUGGGUCUAUUACAAAUAUUAUAAAAUAUAUUCACAAGUACAAGAAUAAUAUUUAAAACAAUCAAGAAAUUGUAAAUUUCUAUUAAUUGUUUUAUGGUUUCUUCUGGCUUCUAGGUGUUCAUGUGUUCAGUCAAUCUGUUAUUUCAGUAGUUUUAAAAGACAGGAGACAAAACACAGUUUACUUACUGUAUAACAUUCGCUAUAGACUUAGAAAAUGAAUGAAUCAGACAUGAAAUAAAUACCAUACCAAGCUAAUAACAUUUACAUAAGAAUUAGUAUAAACCAUUGAACGUAUAUUACACCUACCUGUAUAAAAGAUGAGGGUUUUGGUUGAUUUUUCUCUAUGAUUACUAUACUAUGAACAUAAUGAUGGUAAAGUUCAUCACAAAGAAUCUGGGCAUUGUUUGAAAGACGAACCGCGGUGCAACUACAGUGUAACAGUGUACAAAAUGUAGAAAUACAUAGUUUAUAUUAUUUUAUAUUUUUAUAUUUUUAUGUUAUUGUGAUGUAAUGACAUCACAGUAUACAUUAAGAUAACAGCUUAAACAAAAGUAGAUAACAACAGAGACAUGGAGUAAGGGGCUUCGCACAACAAGGGUAAAAAAGUCUAGCUUGAUUGAUUAAUUGAUUGAUUGUUUUUUUGGAAGGCAUAAAGAUUGCAUGCUCCUAGAUGAUGUGAUGGAUCAUAGCCUUGUUAAUAUGAAAAAAAAUGACAUUUUGAUUUUAUGCAUUUAGGUCAGUUUUCACUAUGAUCAAAACAAGUGGACAGAAGGCUGAAGAAACACAAUGUAUAGCUCUUUUAAAAGAACUUGUAAAGCUGUUUUAAAAAAAUGAGUUUAAAUGAAAUUGUUAUUGGAAUAUAUAUGCAUUAAAAUCAAUGGUGGAUCCAGAAGUCUGAAAUAGAAGGAGCCUGAAAUAGAUGGAGCCUAGUGAGGGACUUUCACAGAUAGAGAGUCUAGACCGUCUCAGCCCCACCAUGGUUGGAGCUGCGGUAAGAAAAAUAUGAUUAUGGCACCUUUAGAAAUGGCACUCUCAGAGCUAAAUUUUUAAUAAUAUUUUCCUUUCUUCUUCAUUUUUUUUAUAAUUUUGGAAAAUUUAGGGAAGCCAGGGCCGGCUUGCUUCCCCCCCCCCAACCCCUUGAAUCUGUUACUUGAAAUUGCUCAAGUUUGUCUUUAAAGAAGUCUUACUUGCUGCGAUAUCUAAGUGAGAUACUGUACAGGUAUUUUACUCAUCAAUUGAAAGAUCCAUAUACAUUACUGGUCGUAUAGUUCUCCCUCCAAUUAAAUACCACUUUUGAAACUCAGGUUUCUAUUGUCUUUAGCAGCUUUGGUUUCUAAUUAGGAUUU